AUGUUUACGCUAAACGAAGAUAUUCUUUAUUUAAUAUUCUUUAAAGAAUUACAAGAUGAUAAAAAUACUCUUUAUUCAUGCCUUUUAGUAAAUAAAACUUGGUGUGAAAUAAUUAUUCCAAUCUUAUGGAAAAAUCCUUGGAAGAAAAGAAAUGAGAAAAUAUUAUUUAACGUAAUUGUCUCAUAUUUGUCAGAUGAAUUAAGGAAUAAUUUAUAUCAAGAAAUUGAUUUUUUGACAGAUUCAUAUAAGAAACCUUUAUUCGAUUAUAUUAGUUUUUGUAGACAUUUAAAUUUUGUUGAAAUUGAAAGGAUAAUUGAUAUGUAUAUUAUCUUGGAAGAACGUAGACUUUCAAUUAAAAAUGAUAUAAUCAACGUUUUUAUUAAUGACAAAACAAGAUUUACACAUUUAUAUAUACCUCAAAAUUUUAAUUAUCAAAUACAUCUUAUCCCUGGAGCUGAAUUUUGUUUUUCAAGACUUGAAUUUCUUUUUUGUAAAACUAGCGUAAAUGAGAAAGUUUUAGAUGGAUUAACAAAAAUAUGUAAAUCUAUUAAAGAAUUGGAAAUUUUUAUUGAAAAUUGUAAUAAUAAUUAUGAAAUCAUCAAAUUAAUUGAAAAUCAAAGAAAUUUAUAUAAUAUAAGUUUUACAAAUGAAAAUACUGAUGAAUCAUUCUGUAAAAUUCUUGAAAAGUCAUUAAUUAAACAUGAGAAUAAUAUACAAUAUUUUAAGAUGACUAAACCACUUAUUACAAAUGUUCUUUCAUCUUUUGUUAAUUUAAAAAUAUUAGAAUUGGUUAGUAAAUUUAAAUCUCGAAAUAUUAAGUGGAAUUGUUUAGAAAAUAUUUCUUUACCUUGCUUACAGAUUUUAAGGGCAUAUUAUAUUCCAAUCUAUGUAUUAACAAAUUUAAUCAAUAAUUCAAGUGGUUCUCUUAUUGAAAUCAAUAUUGACUAUAUAUCUCAUAGUCAAAAUAGUAAUAAGAGGAUUAUUCAGGCUAUUUAUCAAAAUUGUCCAAAUCUUAUGUACCUUAAAAUAUUAUUAAAAAAUAAUAGUAAUCUUGAAUUAGAAAAUUUAUUAAUUAAUUGUCCCCGUUUGGAUGGAUUAUAUCUUAUUAUUAGUAAUUUUAUAAUUAAAUUUAAUUGGGUUAGUUUAUUUACAAUAUUGGCUAAAUUAUCACCAAAUUGUUUGUUUAAAUUUAAAUUUAGUUAUUAUUAUAGAGAAAUUGAUUCAAAAUCUUUGAAAUUAUUUUUUAAUAAUUGGAAAGGUAGAAAUCCUAUGUUAUUACAAAUAAUUCCAAGAACUCAUUUACCAAAUUUAGAAAUGUCGUCAUUAAUAGAUAAAUAUAUAGCAGAAGGAAUAGUUAAAAAAUAUGAUUACAAUAUCAAUUAUAAACAUACUACAUUCAAAGAUUUUGAAUGGAUUUAA